GAUCAUAAGUGGCAUAUAUAUUUUAGUUAGUUAUUUGAUGAGGAUGCUCUAGUCUAAUGAAUGAAUGAUGGGUUUGAGGACAAUGUGGUCGUGUGUAAGCUUCACAAUAACAUGUGGUCCUACCUCAGAAACCAGGGGAGGAGUGAAAAAGCUCAUUUUGGAGAAGCUGGAUAAGGAAUUAGCAAGAGGCGAUGAAAGGGCCGCCGUCUCUCUUGUCAAGCAAGCCCAAGCCCAGCCCGGUGGGCUCCGCUGCUUCGGUGCUGCCCGCCAGGUGCCUCAGAGACUCUAUACUUUGGAUGAAUUGAAGCUGAAUGGAAUUGAAGCCGCAUCUCUUUUGUCUCCUGUGGACACAACUCUUGGUUCAAUUGAAAGGAACCUGCAGAUUGCUGCAGUCUUGGGUGGUGCUGCUGCAUGGAAUGCCCUUGAACUUACUGCCCAGCAACUCCUGUACAUCUCUUUGGGAUUGUUGUUCUUGUGGACAUUGGACUUGGUUUCCUUUGGCGGAGGCAUUUCUGGCUUGGCUCUUGAUACAAUUGGUCAUACUUUCAGCCAAAAGUAUCACAACCGGGUUAUUCAACACGAGGCUGGACACUUUCUUAUUGCCUACUUGAUUGGCAUCCUUCCAAGGGAUUAUACACUUUCAAGUUCAGAAGCUUUGAAGAAAGAAGGGUCUCUUAAUGUUCAAGCAGGAACAACUUUUGUAGACUUUGAGUUCGUUGAGGAAACUAAUGCGGGAAAAGUGUCAGCUACGAUGCUGAACAGAUUCUCAUGUGUAGCAUUGGCUGGUGUAGCGACAGAGUAUCUAUUAUAUGGAUAUGCAGAAGGAGGUUUAGAUGAUAUUAACAAGUUGGAUGGAUUGCUCAAAAGCUUGGGAUUCACACAGAAGAAAGCGGAUUCACAGCUGAGAUGGGCAGUCUUAAAUACUAUCCUCCUUUUACGCCGUCAUGAAGAAGCUCGAGCAAAACUUGCUGAUGCCAUGUCUAUGGGGAUGUCUGUUGGCUCUUGCAUCAACGUUAUUGAAGAUGCAAUUAAUGAUGAAGACUUGGUACAGAAUAUCUGACUUGUACUUGCUUUAUGGUUCUGAAAUUUGGCAUAUACGUAGGCAAUGCAUGGCACACCAUUUUAAGAUACGCAACCUUCGCACCAAGUGAAUUUUCUGUUGUUGAUAUGUUCUUCUGAACUUGAACAUUAUCAUACCAUUAUUGCAAAAAUAUAGAAAAAAAGCUUGUGUUUCUUGAAGUGAGAGGCUAGAACAGUGUAUUGCAUUCUAAGAAGCCUGUAAUUGAUACCUCUCUGGGCCUCUGUUAUAAAUAAUAGAUCACACUGAUAUUACGAGAAAGAUGAGUUUUUGUGAAGAGAGAUUGUCCAUGAAACUACUAUAUUUCUGAAAUAUUAUUUUUGCUAAAUUUUGAUAUUUGAUUCACUUUUAAAGGUGUACUAUAUGUUCAUUA